AAAAUCUUUCUCAAAUCAACCAUAUCAAAACAUAUGACUUUUCAACACUUUACACGACCAUUCCGCACCAUGAAUUAAAGACUAGACUUUUGACAUCAUAGACAGUUGCUUCUUCAACAAAAAUGGAAAACGGAAAUAUUCAUAUUCAUAUCAUCCAAAAAAUUACUAUGUUAAACACCACUCUAAUUCCACACACAAGUACUUUGAAGUUGAAAUAAAAAAUAUGCUGGAGUUCCUCAUUGACAAUAUCUUCGUGGUCUUUAGGGAUCAGAUCAUUCAACAGUCUGUUGGAAUUCUUCCCAUGGGCACGAAUUGUGUUCCUUUGUUAACUGACCUGUUUUUAUAUUCCCAUGAAGCAGAAUUUAUUCAAAAACGUCUACGUGACAAGAAAAAACCACAUUAGCUAUUAAGUCAUCCAGUUUGUCAAAGUUGAGUAGCUGGUUUGCCGUUCAUGUUGAUAUUUCCAGUUUAUUGUUGAAACCAUAUGUUUGAUAACCUACAUGUAUUUGAAAUGUUUUGUAUAUACUCAAAACAUUGGUUUCUAUCAUUUUCAUCAGAAGUUUAUUUAAACGGGUAUUUGUAUAAAUGUGAUUUCUUUCGUUUGAGGAAUGAAGUAGACAGAAAUCAAUUUCUACUUGGUAAUUAUAAUGAAUGGAUUAUUCCGGAUAUUUCAAGUUUUCAAUUCGAAUACCUGUAUAGAUAUGUUCAGUCAUGCGGUUCAAUAGAACCGGUUUCAAUCGAGUAACGAUGUAAACAUCAGUUUAGGACGACACGUAGAGCAGACGACACGUAUAAAUUUUAUACUAAUACUGAUUUGUAAUUACAUUUAUGUAAUUAUAGUACAUUGUAUUGUUACAACAUUAAAGCUGCUGCGUGUCGUUGCUAGUCCAUUUAGUGUGUUAUGUUGUUUUAUUACUGAUCUUAUAUUAGAAAUGAAUGGGUUUUAAAGGAGGAGAUAUAUGCUACUUUGGGGUCCAAAGAAUGGUUUUGCCUAGUAAAAAGUGAUUCUGGUAUAAACAUAAAUAUACAAAGAGAAACGGCCUGCUACACCACGGAUCAUGAAGGAUGGUUUAGAACUUUUAAAACAAGAGAUGUAUUUUAAAAGCUGUAGUAUAUACCCUCUAUGAUAUCUAGACUUUUGUAUGACCAUAUCUCACAACUUUAUGUUAAUACUGUCAUCAGAACUCUAUCAAACAGCUCGAGGUGAUACUCAUUGAUUGGUAGAUUUAACGGUCUAAAUUUCGCAUUGUACCAUGUACAGCUUUGGGGGAUUUGUUCGUAUAAGUGGCUUCUUUUUCUGGUUUUACGAAAAGACCCUGAUCUAGCUAGAAAAUGAAAAAGUGAAAUGUGAUGCCCAAAUAUCUACAUUCUAUGACAUUUCUUGAUUUUAUGGCCUACAAAAUGAAAACUUAAAGAAAUGUGAUGCCUUAAUAUUUAAAUGCUUUGACAUUUUUUGAUUUUAUGGCCUACAAAAUGAUAAAGUAAAGAAAAAGUGAUGCCCAAAUAUUUAAAUUCUUUGAUAUAUUUUUAUUUUAUGGCCUAGAAUUCUAAAUGAAAAAAGUAAAGAAAUGUGAUGCCUAAAUGUUUAGAUUCUUUGACAUCUUUUUUAAUGGCCUACUAAAUGAAAAAGUGAAGAAAUGUGAUGCCCAAAUAUUCAAACUCUCUAACAUUUUUUUUUUAAAUUUUAUCACCUUUAUGAUAAAACAAUACGAAGUGUCCAAUAUGUUUUGCUUUGUGAAGAUUGGCAUUUGAAAUCACAAACCACUUAGCUUUGAAAUCAUUGAUUUUAUAGCUUUUAUUUACAGGACAUUAUUUGAAAAUUGUAUGGUUCACAGUCUAGACCUAUCUAUUUAGAUGAAUGACAAGAUCAUAUAUUGUUUAAUUAUGAUAACUUAGACAUGCAUUUAAAUAAUACAAACAAAACUCUUUUCAAAUUAAAAUCAAUGAUAGAUUGAACCAUAAUAAUCACAACUACAAUACUUAUGUUGGUGCACGUGCAACAAUAAACAAUAAAUCAAUAUUGAUAUAAAAUAUUUACCAUUUAUACAAAAGAAUAAAUCAUCCAUAUUGUAAACUCUUGGACAAGGUAGUGUCACAAACGUUUGAAUUUAAUGCCACCAUACAACGACUACAAAAACAAUAAUAUUUAUACAAAAAUGCAGAACGGCCUGAGUAACAAAGUCAGUGACAGUAUACGAAAACAUUCUAUGCAGUGAAGAGAUAGUUUCGAUUUGAUUUCUCCGAAAAAAGAAAAUAAAACUCCGUUGCUUUUUUUGAAAAUGACUUAUCUUUUGGAAUUGUUCUUUUAUGUAAUGGAUAUUAUGAUUUGUUUUAUUUCUUGUCGGGUUUUAAUUACGAUUGUCCAUGGUGUGGACACGUGUAUAAUACAGUGUGUCUGAGAUUCAUCGAAUAUGUCUUGUUGAUGUCUGACUUUGUAACUGUAGGUUGUGCCAUUUAGAAUAUUUUGGAUUUGCAUAAAAACAUGAAAUGGGUACACCAACAACCAAUGUAAAGAAUUAUAUUUAUAACAGGGGAAAUUCCACAUUUAUAAAUAGCAAAACUAUUUUUGCAUCCCAUGUCAUCCUCAAUGUUUCAAAUAGCCAAAAUUCAUUCAAAUUUCACACUAACUGGAAAUUCACAGACCUAUCAAAGUGGUAGAAAAAUUGAUCAAAUAUCAAACAGGAAUAUUUCAAAAGAUGGGCUACGACACAGAUUGCUUGAAAAUAGUCAGCAUGAAUGCCACCGGGCGGAAGGGAAGGCAGUUCAACGACUUCCGUCAGUCCAAUCUGCGCCACCUGGUGGAAAAUGAGAGCCCUGAUAUCAUGUUCCUCCCUGGGGACAACCCGGGACCGGACACGUUCACACAGACCAGCUACCAACAGCUUCUGGAUCCCGCCCACAAUGAGACAGUUCUUCUGUAUGACUCCACACGUCUCAAGGUCCAUCAGCGUCCAACAGGACCACAGCUGAAAGCCCCGAACUUUGACUUAGACAAAAUUGUAACACCUCUCGUUGAGAUUUACUCACCGGCGCCUGCCCAAUCAAUUGUUAAACAGUUCAUUUGCGUAUCUUGGCAUUGGGAGUUAACCACUGCGACAAGAGGAUCACAAGUUUUAUACGAAAACGGAAAAUCCUACAUGAUGCUUGCGCAGUUCCUGGCCUGGUUUACCGAAAUGGAAGUGUUAAUCGGUGGCGAUUUUAAUUUGCCACUACCAAAAAUUGAGGAACUGAUCAGAGAGCACAACAGUCUGGUGCAGGCAGGUAUUGACAAUAUAAAACCAUUCUUUCAACAGCUUGGCUACAUGGAUUGUAUGACCGAAACAGUCCACCGACCACAGCGAAGACUUCGCCAACUCAAGCUACACAUGUGCAAGAGCCACGAGAACAACACGGAAACGAGCUUCUUCGUGGCAUCUAAAGAGAUGCAGCUGAUGCAGACUAGGCAUGUGAAGAUGGAGAGUCUUACAUAUCGUUCCGCUGGCCUCCAGUUGCAGACGAGAGUAAAGACAGAGCACCACCCGGAGCCGACCUACACCAAGACUCAGAUGUACAUCCCGCAGAGACCGCCCAAACAUAACGGAGGAUAAGAUGGUAGCACUGCGAUUCAAACGGGUCUCUCAACAUCGCGCAACUGGUUUUCUAUUCGUAGAAAGUUCCAGAAACUGACAAAAAAUUCUCCAUAUUAUAGGAAGUCUGUAAAAGACUAUGCAUGUGACAACAAUCUUUCUUGGCUCCAGUAGAAAAGUUUAAUCUUUCAAUUCAUCAGUUAUGACCAAUAUAAAUUAUCUCUGAUAUUCAAAGUCAUUUAAAAUACCUUGUAUCAUUUAGAGUUAUCUGAUAUACCAUUUUGGGGGGGGGGUAAUCUUAGGAAACAUAAAUUACGGAGCGCUGCUUUGGACAAACCAAAUGCAUGCAUUUCUAUCAUUUAAUAGAUGAAUCGAAUCUGUGACAGGAAUAUGAAGUUGAUCUUACUGUCUGCGUUGGAUGUGUUCUGAUGUAGAAGUGUCCGAAAGAUAGCCAUUUUAUGUUAAAAUACAAUCCUUACUGUUUACAGAUGUGUUAUAUCAAUAAUCAUCGAUAUUUUCAUAGUGUAUAUAUAAUUUAUUGAUAAGCAUAUGAUUUAUCGUUAUAUUGUAAUCACACAGUAAAUCAUUUCUAUCAUUUGUUUGUAAAUAUAAGUUAAAAUAAACAUUGAAGGAAAACAAA